AUGGCCCUGCAAGGAAGAGACCUGAUCCUUGCCGCCAUCACAUGCUUCAUCGCCUGGGGCUACGCCGUCAGUUGGGUCCCGACCUUGCGAUGGAUUGGGUACGCCCUGGUCAGCGGAUCGUUAUUGACCAUCGUGGUCCUCUUCGCCCUCGUCCUCCUCACCUCUCGCGGUUCUAGACGCAGCUCGCGCCAUCGAUCGCCCCGUCCGAAUGGCCCUGCCUUCCUCGCUCCCAAGGCUUGGAGGAAGGAAGUCGCCAGCCUUCAAACGCGCCAAUCUUACACGAAAGCACCUCUCGAUCCCGACUCUGCCCGAGUGUCCAAAGCUCUCGACGACCUCCUCGAACUCAUACUGCGGGACUUCGUUAAUUCGUGGUACUCCAACAUCAGCGAAAAUCCCGUCUUUACGAACCAAGUCGACAAAGCCGUUCGCGAUGCUCUUGUCAACAUUAGGGAACGGCUCCUGCAGCUCGAUUUGGUGGACAUCGUCACCACGCGCGUCGUACCGAUGCUAACGGCGCAUUUCCGCGACUUUUACGAUGCCGAGCGGUCAAUCCGUGGGAGGAAAUUGAACCGAUCAGUGACGGAGUCGGAAGAAUUGGAUCUGGCCAUUGCCUCCAAGUACAAGGAUGGGAAACUCCACCCCGCUGCCUCGUUGUCUUUCCCUGAUACGAAGCUCGUUCAACAAGAUUAUCUUCGGAAGAUGGUAUCGGGAAUCUUGCCAAAGGUGCUUCCGCCCAACGUGCUCGCCAGCCGCGCUGUCUCCACCAUAAUCCGAGAGAUAGUCUCAUGCGCGGUGCUGUUUCCCGUGAUGCAGAUCCUGGCCGAGCCCGACACGUGGAAUCAAGUGAUGGAGAAUUACGGCCGUUCCAUGCUGCAAGACCGAUCGACCGUUCGAAAGCUCAGGGCGGCGUUAGACCAGCACGCUUCACCGACACCGAGGACCGGCAAGGCUGCCAUUAUCCCACGCCUCUCGUCUACCGAUAGUGAGAGAAAGUUCGAGAAGUUCAUACGUGCCAUCAGGAAAAUCAGCAACCUAUCAGACGCGAGACGACUGCGGAGCGAAGUCGCCAGCCAACUGAAGCGAGACUCGCUAGAAGAGAACCAGGACCAAGUGUAUCUCCGCCGUUUGGAGAUGGGGAAAAGGUUACUGGACCAGCGCGUCCAAAGUCUUGCUGCUGGAGGGGAUCGACGAAAUCCACCAACCCUGCCUCCUCGUCCGACGGGUGUUCCAAAGCCGGUGUCGAAACUCGAGGACGCAUCCCUGGUGGAGCUGCUCCGAGAUGCAUCGGGCCUAUCGUACUUCAUGGAGUUCAUGGACCGGCACCAUAUGAUGCCUCUCGUUCAGUUUUGGCUAGUGGUUGACGGGUUUCGUAAUCCGUUGGAAGAUGAAGGUCAAGAUGAUGAGCAAUUGCCGUCGAACUUGCCAAUGUGGACGGAUUCCGAUCGCCUGGAUCUGGCCCAGAUCGAUCACGCGUAUCUGGCCAAGGCCGAGUUGAAAGUAUCGCAGUCCUCUCGGGAUGAAGUGCGCGCAUUCCUCGAUGCUGGUAAGGCGGCAACACCGGAGCAGUACUUCAAAGCCCGGAGAGCCAUCUUGAGAGCCCAGACGGCUGUUCUGGAGAGGAUGCAGGCACAGUACUUCCAGUCAUUCAAGAAGUCAGAUCUUUUCUACAAGUGUUUGGCUGCGGAAGAAGCAGCGACAAAUCUCGCUCCUCUUCCCAUCGCGGAGCCGUCUUCGUCACAGGCUCAUCCACCCAUGAACCGAAGCUCUCAGUCUUACCAAUCUAAGCCAAGUGCGGUGACCAGAUUGGCUCCGAGAUUGACGCGCCCAACAUCGAAGCGUGCCGGGUCUGCCUCAGAUCUCAGAAACAUCAACGUUAAUGGCAGUGGUCUUGAAUCGACGCAGCGACGUUCUUUGGAUGAUGAAACCACAACCCCCCUUUUCGACGACGAUGAUCUCGAGAACGACGGUAUGAUGGACUCAGUCCAAAGCCUUGACCAAGACGCCAGCAAUCCUGUACCUGAUACGAACGUCGUUCAAGCUAUGGAGGAGGCCUUGAACAACAUUAUGGAAGAUAACCGACCUCAAACUGCCGAAGAAUUUCGAGCAUCGCUGUUUGGGGCCGAUGAUGCGGGGUCGUCGACCAGUCUGUUCUCCGGAGACAACGAUUCCCAUCGAGGAUCACUCGACGUUGGCAGGCCAGCCCAAUUUAAGGAAGCCGAGAAGCCGAGUUUGUCGUCCCUCGGCCUUGUCAGUGCUGCAUCCCGCAUUGGAGUCUUCGUUGACGACGACCUGUUUGGGGACGAGGAUAAGCACCUGUCCGACGAAGUCGACGAUGACGACGAAGGUAACAAGGUUGAUGUAGAGGACGAAGUGCACGAAGCAGCACCCGGAGACCUGGGUCUGGCAGAAGCUAUUACGGCGCUGUCAAACGACAUCGAUCGCCUGGUCGCACAGGACGCCAUCGUCGAUUCCCUCACUAAGAAAGCAGAGCUUACCAACAACACUGCAGAACUUCGGAUUCUUCGGAAAUCGAAGGCAAGUCUUCAACGCGAGAUUCGCCGCAAAGAGCUCCAAAGGCAGCAGUACGUCGUACAAGAGAGCGACAACAGUCUGUAUGGCCGCUCUAAAAUCAAGAUCAAGGCUAUACAGGUAGGACGCGAGGACGACGGCAGGGAGUUCGCUCUGUACGUGAUCGAAGUCCAGAGAGAUGCUGGGGAGAAGAUGCCGGCAGCGACUUGGAUCAUUACCCGCAGAUACAGCGAGUUUCACGAAUUGCAUCAGAAACUCCGAUCAAGAUAUCCUUCUGUUCGCAAUCUCGACUUUCCUAGAAGACGGAUGGUCAUGAAAUUCCAGAGCGAAUUCCUACGCAAACGACGGGCUGCGCUCGAGCAAUAUCUUCGUGAACUUCUGAUGCUGCCCGAGGUCUGCCGGAGUCGUGAUCUGAGAGCAUUCCUGUCUCAAAGCGUUAUUGCCCAGGGUCAAGACCUGGUCGAUCGCGAAGACAAAAAAGACAUGAUCACGCGGCUGUACGACUCUGUUACGGACGGCGUCGAGGACAUUCUGGGUAACAUCCCAGUACUGGACCAACUGUCAGUGGCCGGUCAAAACCUGAUAGCCGCAGCCACCAAUCAACUCAACGCCAUGCCUCUGCCCGUGAACGAAGAUGGGGUCAGUGCUGCCGAGGCCGAAGCCGAGUUGAACGCUUUUGAGAACAAGGAACUUGAGUCUUUCAUCAAGCCCAUUUGCGACAUUUUCUUGGAGGUCUUUGAGCUCAAUCGAGGCAACAACUGGCUACGUGGAAGGGCCGUGGUAGUUGUUCUUCAGCAACUCUUGGGUGGUACCAUCGAACGCAAAGUACGCGACAACGUCAAGAUGCUGGUUCAAGAGGACGCGAUCCUUAAGUACAUUGCGCUUCUGCGAGACAGCAUGUGGCCCGGCGGGCAGAUGAAUAAGAACAAGCAGCCGCGAACCGCAUCGGAAAAGAAGAAGACACGCACAGAAGCCAGUCUGAUGCUAGCAACUCUAGUGCCGGAUCUGGCAGGGAGCGUGGUUGGGAGAGUGAAUGCUCAGGCAGCAAGCCGACGAGUGUUUGCCACGUUCAACAACCCCAGAUUGAACGCGCAUCUUGCUUUUACAUUCAUGGACGAAUUGGUGGAGAUUCUGUUCGACCAGUAG